AGAGGUGCACAUGGUACAUUCCACUGACAGAGAAUCAGCACGGAGACAUAUGAGAUAUUUUAAACGCAGGAUUACAAAACACAGAAAACGUGUAGAAUUAUACACAACCUUUCCACUUCAAACUUUUACAAGGCUACUUUUUUGUGACUUAAAAGGUCUGCAGUAUGACCCAGUGGAACCAGAUUCAACAGCUGGAUAUUAGACUCCUGGAACACGUGGACUAUUUGUAUGAUGACCAUUUUCCAAUGGACAUAAGGCAGGGUCUGGCCUGCUGGAUUGAGGCCCAGGACUGGGACACGGCCGCUAACAACGAGUCGAUGGCGGCAGUACUGUUCAGCAACCUCUUGUCCCAGUUGGAGAGAGUGCGCUCUCAGGAGCAGAACUUUUUACAGAGACACAAUAUGAAAAUCAUACAGCAACAAUUACAGAUGAAAUAUUUGAAUAAUCCAGUGACCAUCGCCAGAGUGGUUUCCACCUGCCUCAGAGAAGAGCGGCGGAUCCUCUCCAGCGCUUGCAUGCAAGAACAGGGUCCACUAGAGAAGUCGUUGCAGAAUUCCGUGGCCUGUGAGAAGCAGAAGAACAUGGACAGCAGAAUUGGGAUCAUCGCGGGAAACGUGCAGUUGAUUGACCAAGGAGUCAAAUACAUCGAGGACAUGCAGGAUGAUUUUGAUUUCCGUUACAAGACCCUUCAGUCUCGAGAUUCAACAGAAAAGAACUCAGACAUGAUGAAACAAGAAGUAACAAGACUACAAGAAAUACUAAACAUACUUGACUUUAAAAGAAAGGAUACUUUGUCAAAGAUGGUUGUUGUCAUCAAGGAUAUUGAUGACCUGAUGACUUCUCAGCUCUAUCCUGAGCUUCAGGACUGGAAACGCAAACAGCAAAUGAUUGCCAUUGGGAGCCCGCUGCUCACCAGCUUGGAUCAGCUGCAGAGUUGGUUUACUCUGACAGCACAGAGUCUCUUCCAGAUUAAUCGGCAGUUGGACAAACUGAAAGAGUUGGUUUUGAAGGUCACCUAUGACAAAGACCCCAUUCCCUUACAAACCCCCCAGAUGGAGGAAAGAGUUAAAUACUUAAUUCAUCACCUCAUCAAGAGCUCAUUUGUGGUGGAGAAGCAGCCCUGUAUGCCUACAUGUCCACAGAAACCCCUUGUCAUCAAGACUGGUGUGCAAUUCACCACAAAAGUCAGGCUCCUGGUUAAACUUCCAGCAGUGGAUUAUCAGCUAAAGGUUAAAACAACAUUUGACAAGGACCUCCCUCCAAACAGAGUAAGCCGUCAGUUUUUUAUCCUGACCAAUAACACAAAAGCCAUGGAUAUUGAGGACUACUCCAAUGGCUGCCUUUCAGUGGAAUUUAGACACUUGCAGCUGAAAGAGAAGAAAAACUCCAGCACCCCAAAGGGGACUGAGAAUCUGCUGUCGGUUACAGAAGAACUUCACACUCUAUGUUUUGAGGCAUACUUUACAGUUCAGGGCCUUAACAUUGAUUUGGAGACAUGUUCCCUGCCACUGGUGGUCAUUUCUAAUGGAUGCCAGCUGCCUGGUGCCUGGGCCUCUAUAAUGUGGUAUAAUCUUUUGACUGAUGAGCCAAAGAACUUGGCCUUCCUCGGCAAUCCGCCCCGAGCCACAUGGUCCCUGCUCUCAGAGGUCCUCAGCUGGCAGUUCUCCACCAAUACUGGUCGGGGCCUAAACAAGGACCAGCUAACAAUGUUGAAAGAAAAGCUUCUUGGUCUACAUGCCUCAAAUAAUGAUCAAGUCCACUGGUCUAAGUUUUGUAAGGAGAGCAUUGCAGGAAAAUCAUUUAGUUUCUGGUUAUGGCUGGAUUCGAUCCUGGAGCUGAUCAAGAAGCACUUGCUGCCAGUGUGGAAUGAAAACUACAUCAUGGGUUUUGUGAGCAAAGAGAUGGAGCGGUUUCUGUUGAAGGAGAAAGAGUCAGGCACUUUCCUCCUGCGCUUCAGUGAGAGCCAUCUUGGAGGAAUCACCUUUACCUGGGUGCAACACAGUGAUAAUGGAGAAGUGAAUUUCAACUCUGUGGAGCCGUACACAAAAAGCCGUCUGAAUGCACUCCCAUUUCCUGACAUCAUAAGGGACUACAAAGUGAUCUCAGCAGGGGUUGUCCCCAAGAACCCCCUCAAGUUCCUCUAUCCUGACAUUCCCAAAGACCAAGCCUUUGGACAACAUUACAACCGUCUACCCAAUGAAGUGCAUCCAUACAUACCGUCCACUCUGAUCCCCAUCUCUGAAAUGCGUGCCCCAUCACCUACCUGUGAGUCACCUGACCCUCCAAUGACCCCAGGAGAGUUUGAUAUGCUCAACAAGACUUUGCCCUUUGAUAUGGAUGAUAUUACAUCUCCAUAUUCUGAAUAAAGACCAACCCAAACACACACUCGCACACUGUCAAUCACGUAACAUCCAAAAGGCAGUACAUUGAUUACGUCUGCUUAUUCCUACUCGUAUCGCACAUGUUGAGAUGUAUAACUGUUAACCUGUGCUCCAGUGUAACCUGGUAUGCAUGUCCGAAGUGAAAUAAACUCAAACUUACCACA